ACGUACGAGGUGAAUGUUCAGUGCUCGCGGAGCAGGAUUUACAGGGAAGAACGAUCCUUCAGCAGUGCACGUUCAUGUUGCCAGAAAGCAAGUUUCCCGUCACAGGGGGCACUAUGCAGACCGAGGAAGUCGUGCCUCGUGCACAAUCAACUGGUAUAGACAGCGGCCCCACAGACAGUACUUCUCUGCAGCAUCAUCUGCAUCACUCGUCACAUAUAAAGUGCCCGCUGCCACCUCUGCUCCACAUGGCGGUCAAGCAGGAGCCACAGGAGGAGGAGGAACGAAGUCGUGACACGAAUGCGUUGAGUCCGCAAGUAGAUGCAGACACUUCGCCAACAUCCGUUGACGGCAAACACGGCCAUGGACACGAAACGGGCCAUCAUCCGAUCCAGGAGCUGGAGGAGAGCCCAGGGCAGGCUGUUUCGGAUCUCAAUAACAGAGGAAGACCGAGUCGGGGCCGCAGGAAGUCACGGUGGAAACUGAAGUUCCAUCACCAAGCGCUGCCUCCGGAGUACCUGGACCACUAUGAGGCCUCGCUCGCUCAGGAGGCCUUAAACUCAUCUCCAACACGCGUGACGGAGCCAACGAUACCCAGUCCAGCGCCAACCAGCUCAACCUCCACUCCCAGCCCCAUAGCCGACGUCCACGGCUGGUUACAGCGGAUCGCAGCGAUGCAACAGGAGCUCUGCCCUCAGAUCUCGUCGGCGCAAUGCCCAACGGUGACCUCGAAUCAGCCCUCUGGCUCCAGGAGGUCGGUGAUUACGUCCACCUCUUCCCAUACGCUGAAUACGAGCCACCAUAAUCAUAAUCAGCAGCAACAGCAGCAAGCGUCCCAGACGUCCAGCAGGCCGCCGAUGAAAUACUCGGAUCUGCCUUACAUGGGCGAGAUCACGCUGGACAACAGCAAGCCUCGGCGGGGCAGGAAGCCGAAGAAAGCGGACAUCUGCCAUUUAAUUUACAAAAAUUACGGCACGAUACUGCCCGGCACGCCUGGCCACGAGGAGAGACGAUUGUCACCGAGGGACAAGCUCGAUUGUCGCGAGAGAAUCUCACCGCAGAUGCAGUUUCAAAGGACAGACGUGCAGAAUAGGAUCAGCAGCCUGUUAGAGAAGAGGUUGACACAGGAGUCGCGGAGAACUUUCGGCCUGAUGGAGGGCUCCAGGGAGCAGGACGAGCCUCUGAAUCUCUGCAUCAGAGAUCUGAACCAGCUGAAGAUUAGACUCCUGAGGAAGCACGGAAACGUGUACGAAUCCGGGCAAGUUAAGAGCGAGACUUCCAGUGACGGGGAAGAGGUGGAAUGUAUAGGUACUACCUAUCCUUCGGAAGCAGGGUUUCGUCCAUUGGAUCCUCUAGGACGCAACAAUAGCAACGUGAACCAUAACAAUAAUAUUAUAGAUCCUAUGUUGGGUGCAAAUCCCGGUUUCGUCUAUUGGCCCAAUGCUGGAGUGUUCAUUCACCCGAUGGCUCUGCAGUCGCAAUUGCUCUACUACCAAAAGAUGGCACAGAACGAUAAGUGCUACCCUAGGAGCUUGGAUCAGCCUCCUAAGGAGCAGAAGAUCGUCCCUAAGUCGAUUUACUCGAUGAUGGAGACGAAGAGUCCUCCUCUGGCCCCACCUCCGGUUCAACCUGCUCCUCAGACAGUCCCUGUACCACCUCCAGUCUCACCUAGACCCAAGAGGAACGCCCCGGUCGGUCAAGUCCAAGGCCAGCCUACUAAACGAAAACGAUCUGCUAUAUUUAUACCACCGAUGCCGACAGAGAACAACAACAACCCUGCCACGGAAGUGAGCAUAUGCAAAUUCAAGUUCACCGGAGGAGCGAAGCCCAGUCUACAGGAGAAGAAGAGUCUGUCGGUAGAUUCUGGAGGGAACUUUAGGUACUACAGUGGAACAGGUGACAAGAGUAUGCGUGGUUACGAAUUUUUCCCUAGAGAAGCUCUGCAACAAUCAGCUGGACAGUCUGGUUCCUCUACGGGAGCAUUUCUGAACGCUGCCGGUGAAAGGAUUCAGCCAACUCCCUGUCAGAGGAGCAGCAAUCAGGAAGAAGGUCGUCGUAAACGGAAAACCAGGAAAUCCCUUCAAAGAGAGAAGCUCGAGCAGACGUUCAAGGAGAAGGGUUUCCUCAUCCAGACGCAGCAAUUGGAGUCCGCCGAGGGUGCUACGUAUUGUAAGUUCCGGCAGCUUAGAAAGUUCACCAGGUAUCUGUUCAGAAGCUGGAAAGAUUAUCUUCCUGGGAACGUGCGCGAGCUGACAGGCGCGGCGGAAGGCGAGAUGGUAGACGGAGACAUCGAGAGUGAUACGAACGUGUUACCCUCGCCGGUCCCUCAUCCUAAUAUGAUGGACGUGCCGACCGGGUUUGUCGACGAGCAUCGCGCUCUCCCCUUGACGUGAAACGUUCAAAUUGCUCCCCGAGGCAAUCGGUCGUGUCUAACUUCACGCCAUUUUUGCGAGUCCCGCGCCGCGCUAUGGCUGCUAUGGGGAGGAUC